GCACCUCAUUGUAAUUGGAACAUUGGUAUAGCUGAUGUUCUAAUGAUGCCAAUGGUGGUCGUCAACGGGGAUAUAUUAAUACUUGUCAUUUGGGUGAGGUGGUAACAGACCUCUUUCCUAAUGUCCAGUUGUUGCUAUCUCAAUUUGGCAAGUUACAAAAUACAUUUCACUGAUUCAAAAAAACAUCACUUAUGUUAACAUUUUUCAUCGGCGGCUCUGCAUGUAGUACACCCCAAACCUACUCUGAAAUCAAAUCAUGGUAUAUUAUGUGUAUGGUACCAUUGGAAUAUUUGGUUUCAUGUGUGCACGGUACCGCAUGGUACUGUUUUAGUACCAUACAUUACUGUAGCAAAAGUGGUACCUAAGGUACUGUUGGAGAUUGGCUGCAUGAAUCUUGUUUGAAAUCUAGUUGAAACUUUUUUUUGAUGGUUUGACAUCUCAUCAUAUUAGCCUAUAUAGUUUAUGAUAAUGUUUAACUAAGUGAUAUUUGAUAUAUGUCAAAUAUAUGGAUUUCUCUUGUUCAAAUGGCUGAUUAUUCAUUUACCAACCAACAAAGCAGAAUGGCAAGUUCCAAGUUAAGUCAUGGUAACUCUGGAUGUCUCAAAGAUUCUAUGGUUAAUCAUGGCAUUCAAAUUGAAAACAUGGAUAUUAUAAGAAGUACAGGGAAUAGUUUGAAAGAUAAAGAAAGCUCAGGAGGUAGUUCGAAAGAUCAAGAAAACUCAGGAGUUAGUUUGAAAGAUAAAGAAAACUCAGGAAAUAGUUAUAAAAAAGGUUCAAUAAAUGGUUUGGAAAGUUCAGGGGUUAUAGCUAACGAUCCUUCAGGUUCUGCUAAAAAAAGUUGCUCAAAAAUUGGCAAAGAAACUAUGAAGAUAAGUGCAUCAAGAGAAAAUGGUUCUCUACCCCCAUGUAUUCCUAUGGUUGCCUUGCCAAUUGAUACUAACUAUGAAGGAGUCCACGAUAGUUUUGAUGACAUGAACAUCAGGGAGGAACUGCUCCGAGGCAUCUACGCAUAUGGGUUUGAGAAACCAUCCGCUAUACAGCAGAGAGCGAUAGUGCCGUGCAAUAAAGGUAGUGAUGUGAUCGCUCAAGCCCAGUCAGGAACUGGAAAGACGGCCACCUUUGCAGUGACAAUCCUCCAACAGUUAGAAAUGGACCUUGCACAGUGCCAAGCACUUGUCUUAGCUCCCACCAGGGAACUGGCCCAGCAGAUCCAGAAAGUCAUCAUUGCCCUUGGCGACUAUAUGGAUGCCAACUGCCACGCAUGCAUUGGCGGGACCAAUGUGAGGGAAGACAUGCUUAAAUUGCAGCAGGGGGUGCAGGUGGUUGUUGGAACACCCGGUCGUGUGUUUGACAUGAUUCAAAGGGGAUCUCUUAGCACCAAGAAUAUUCGUAUGUUUGUGCUCGACGAGGCUGAUGAGAUGUUGUCCCGAGGAUUCAAAGAUCAGAUCUAUGAUGUGUUCAAGUAUUUGAACCAAGACAUUCAAGUUAUCUUGUUAUCGGCUACUAUGCCAGUUGACGUUUUAGAGGUCACUAAACGCUUCAUGCGUGAACCAAUCAGGAUUCUAGUAAAGAAAGAGGAGCUCACCCUAGAGGGUAUAAGGCAGUUUUAUAUUGCAGUAGAAAGAGAGGAAUGGAAACUGGACACCCUUUGUGAUCUUUAUGAGACUCUCACCAUUACUCAGGCCGUCAUCUUCUGCAACACAAGGCGAAAGGUGGAUUGGCUCACUGAGAAAAUGCACUCUAGAGACUUCACCGUAUCUGCCAUGCAUGGAGACAUGGACCAGAAGGAGCGUGACGUCAUCAUGAGGGAGUUCAGAUCUGGAUCCAGCCGUGUACUUAUCACCACUGAUUUGCUGGCACGUGGUAUUGACGUACAACAAGUAUCACUUGUUAUCAAUUAUGAUCUCCCAACGAACAGGGAGAACUACAUCCAUAGGAUUGGACGUGGUGGAAGGUUUGGACGUAAAGGAGUUGCCAUCAACUUCGUCACAGGAGACGACAGCCGUACUCUACGGGAUAUAGAGCAGUUCUACAACACACAGAUAGAGGAAAUGCCCAUGAAUGUGGCCGACCUGAUUUAACGUGCGACGAGAUUUACGAUAUUUUCCAUACCAAUCACUACAGCGACACAGCGACUCUACAGAUUGGUAUACGAAUGCUAUGAUAUAAACUGCGAAUACAAAUAACAAAGAAUAUUGCGAUUAAGACUAUUCUCAGCACUUAGUGCUCAUCGAGAGUGACUCUCCUUUGAGGGGAAACAAAGACUACAAACUUUGACCCAAGGGUCUGAAUAUAUAUAUAGUGUACAGAGGGGGCUGGGAGUGUGUAUUUAACUUAUUGUGUAUUUUCUAACCUUAGAGUGGGAAAAUGUAAGGUUUUGUAGUAACGUCCAUAUUCAUAAACACAUUUUCCCCUUUUUUCUUUCUUUUCCUCUUUUAUAUUGUCUAAUGUGAGAAAUUCUGAAGUAACAAGUGGGUAACCACAGGCGGUGACGCCAGCAGGCGUUGACGCCCUUAUAUAGGCGUAUU